UGGGACCUGGGUAGAACCGUGGAUGAAUACUUCUCCUCCUAGUCCCAGUAAUGGCUGAACUGGAUCAUGGUUAAAUCUCCACUCCGGAAUCCAGAGCAGCUUCUGAAGAGCCAUAGGACUUGGGAGUAUCCACUUGAUGAAUUAAUCAUGUUCUUCUUCUUCUUCAACUGCCUUCUUCUUCUUCUCCUCUCUCUUGCAACUCUCAGUUGCUUUGGGCUUGCGUCUCAGCUGCCUCAAGAUGAAUUGGAAGCUUUAAGAGAAAUAGGAGACCAAUUGGGCAAAAAAGAUUGGAAUUUCAGUCUGAACCCAUGUGAUGGGAACUCCAACUGGACAACGCCAAGCACGGACAAAUACUACAACAAUAGUGUCAUCUGCAAUUGCUCUCUUGAUGAAUGCCAUGUUGAUACUAUAUUCCUCAGAGGGCAGGACCUUGCUGGUGUGCUCCCACCAUCCCUAGCGAAACUCCGAUACCUUAAAAUGAUUGAUCUCAAUAGGAACUACCUUAGUGGUCACAUACCGCUUGAAUGGGCUUCCACACAGUUAGAAUAUCUGGGAGUUAGUGUGAACAGGUUAUCAGGACGAAUUCCAGGCUUCCUGGGAGAUAUUGUCACUCUCAAAUAUUUGUGUUUGGAGACCAACAUGUUUUCUGGAACUGUUCCCCCCGAGCUUGGGAAACUUGUCAACUUGGAGAAUCUCAUUCUUAGUUCUAACAAUCUCACUGGAGAGUUGCCUGCAGAUCUCGCAAAUCUGACUAAUUUAAUAGAAUUUAGGAUUAGCAGUAACAAUUUCACUGGAAAAAUACCCCAUUUCAUUCAAAGUUGGAAACGACUCCAAAAAUUAGAGAUCCAAGCUAGUGGUUUUGAAGGGCCCAUACCUUCUCAUAUUUCUGUCUUGAAUAAUUUGUCCGAACUAAGAAUUAGUGACUUAACGGGAGGGAGUUCCAAAUUUCCACCACUAACAAACAUGAUAAGCUUGCAGAGAUUGAUGUUGAGGAGCUGUAAUAUCUCUGAUCUGAUCCCCAAAGAUAUAGCAGAUAUGAAAAAUUUACUAGCUCUAGACCUUAGCUUCAACAAGUUGGAGGGAAACAUUCCAGAUCUCAGAGGCCUAGAACACCUGGAAUUAGUGUGUCUAUCAAACAACUUGCUUACGGGAAAUAUUCCAGACUGGAUCAAGAAAGGAGAUUAUACACACCAAAUAGAUCUUUCUUACAAUAACUUUUCUGAGCAGUCUGCACCACCUUGUCGGGGUUCCCGGAAUUUGUUCAGAAGCUUUUCUGGUGGGAAAAACUUAGAACUUGGUGGGUGCCAGAAAGACUUUCCUUGUUCAAAAGAUCAUUACUCAUUGCAUAUAAAUUGUGGUGGAGAGGAAACUAGGAUACGAAACAUUGUGUAUGAAGAGGAUAAAGAUGAAGGUGGUCCAGCAAAGUUUCAGCCUAAGAAGGAUAAUUGGGGAUUUAGUAGCAGUGGACAUUUCUGGGAUGGUGACAAAAUUGCAAGUGAUUAUACAGCAACAAAUGUAUCCAUACUCAAAAUGGACUACUCUGAAUUGUACACAACUGCACGUCUUUCUCCUCUGUCACUCACCUACUAUGGACGCUGCUUAGCGGAUGGGAACUAUUCAGUGAAACUUCACUUUGCAGAGAUAAUAAUGAGAGACAAUGAAUCCUUUCACAGCCUUGGAAGACGCAUUUUUGAUGUCUACAUCCAGGAUAAGCUGGAACUAAAGGAUUUUGAUAUUGCACAAGCAGCAAGUGGGGUAGAUAAGGUAGUUGUAAAAGAAUUUAAAACGUCUGUGAAGAAUAAAACUUUAGAGAUCCGCUUUCAUUGGGCUGGAAAAGGGACAACAGCUGUUCCAACAAGACCAACUUAUGGUCCCCUCAUAUCAGCUAUUUCUGUGGAAUCCGACUUCCAGACUCCUUCUGAAGGCAAGAGGAAGAAGAUACUUAUUGAAUCUCUGGCUUUGGCAUUAGUUCUCAUUCUCAUAAUUUCAGGCAUUGCUUGCUGGAAAUGCUACUUUGGAGACAAAAGCUCAACAGAACAAGAUUUGAGAAGAUUAGAUCUGCAAACUGGUUUAUUUACCUUAAGACAAAUCAAAGCCGCUACUAACAACUUCAAUGCUGCAAAUAAGAUCGGGGAAGGAGGUUUUGGACCUGUCUACAAGGGCCAACUAUCGAAUGGCACUCUCAUUGCAGUGAAGCAGCUCUCUUCCAAGUCAAGCCAAGGGAACCGUGAAUUUGUGAAUGAGAUUGGCAUAAUUUCUGGUUUGCAACACCCGAAUCUUGUAAAACUUUAUGGAUGUUGUAUUGAAAGAACUCAAUUGCUGCUGGUGUAUGAGUACAUGGAAAAUAAUUCUCUCGCACGUGCUCUUUUUGGUGCAGAAACAAGUGUUCCAAUAUUGGAUUGGGCAACAAGGCAAAAGAUAUGCAUUGGAUUAGCUAGAGGUCUAGCAUUUCUCCAUGAAGAAUCAACUCUCAAGAUUGUUCACAGGGACAUCAAAGCUGCAAAUGUACUGCUUGAUGGUGAUCUAAACGCUAAGAUAUCAGACUUUGGAUUAGCUAAACUUAAUGAAGAGGAGAACACCCACAUUAGCACUCGGAUUGCUGGAACCAGAGGAUACAUGGCUCCAGAAUAUGCACUCUGGGGACAUCUAACAGAUAAGGCAGACAUUUACAGCUUUGGGGUGGUAGCUUUAGAAAUUGUCAGUGGGAAGAACAACUCAAGUCGCAAGCCGGAAAACGAAUGUGUUUGUCUUCUUGACAGGGCCUUUGCUUUGCAACAAAAAGGAAGCUUAAUGGAGAUAGUGGAUCCAAAGUUAGGAUCUGAAUUCAACCGGGAUGAGGCUGAGAGGAUGAUUAAAGUAGCUAUCUUAUGCACCAAUGCAUCUCCUACACUAAGGCCUAUUAUGUCAGCUGUGGUAAGCAUGCUUGAAGGACAAACCAUCGUUCCGGAAGUGAUCUCAGAUGCUAGCAUGGAUGAGGAUUAUUUGAAUUUUAAAUCACUCGGAGACUAUCAUAAACGGAUGCAAAAGCAGAUUUUAAGUGGAAGUGAGGCUCCAAAAUUUUCAUCAGAUGGGACAAUAGCUACUGGUUCUUCCUCUACAUCUGCACAAGAUCUCUAUAAAAACAAUCCUGAUUCCAUUAAUUUCAGCGACAGUUCUUCCUUGUUGUCACCUCACAAUUCUUGAAUUUACACUUAAUAGACUUGAAGUUUGGAGUUUCAUUUAAUCAUUUAGCCUAGUUUCUAUGUACCAUACUAAAAGAACUUUUGUUUAAGCGUGUCAUUACAAAAGCUAUAAUCGCAAUGGGUCUUGACCAUUUAAAAACGUAUCUAUAUGGUUAAGAGAAACUCAUA